AGCUGCACUCAGGGCUGCUUUCUCCAACACUCCUGCAUUCUCUCACUCUAACAUACACACACAGGCACGUCCAGAACUCUACCACGCAAGCGCUCCUCACACACUCAGGCAGGCACACCCCCUCUCAUUAUAUGUGCAGUGAGAAGCUCUGCUCUGCUUGUGUGGGUGUGAGCAGUGGGCUGUGUUUCUCUCUGGCAGCAACAGCAGCACUCUAGCAGCAGGACUGGUCCAGUGGAGGGCAAUCACCUCACUCUCUCCAGACUCCAGGACAGCUCACCCCCAGGACUCGGGAAGCCCUCAACAAGCCUGUCUCUCUCUGUUUCUUGUUCUAUCUAUCUCUCCAUUCUCACUCUCUCUCUGCCUCGCCGUGACGCAGUGUUUCUGACCUUCAUUCCCCUAGUGCACUCAGUGUGGACCAGUGGGACAGCCAUGGAGGAUACCCUCACCUGCAGCCCCGCCACCUUCUCCCAGGUGUUCGGACGUCAGGGACAGCUCAUGCAGGCCACGGUCCAGUCUCUGAACAGUCUGAAUGACCAGAUAGCCCACUUCAUGAUGACCAGGUCCGGCACUCUGUCCCGGGAGAACGAGGCCUUCAUGCCUGAAGAGAGAGACACCUUGAAGGAGUCCAUGGCCCUGAUGAGGCACCUACUCUUGGACGCACAGGGGAAAAUCCUUAAAAUGAUGGAAGACAACAAGCAGCUGGCUCAGAGGAUCGAUGGGGCAAUCCAGUCUGCCAGUCAGGAGGUGACCAACCUGCGCUCAGAGCUGUCGGCCACCAGCCGUAGACUGGCAGAGCUGGGGGCCAGCAGCCCCCCCUCGCCCCUGGUGAACAACCAUCAGCACCACCAGCACAACCACCACGACCAUGACAGCCUCCGCUACCGGGAUCCUGCCGGUAAUUACAGGCAGAAAUCGGUGUUGAGCGAUAUCUGUUACCAGACAGAGAUCUCCAGCCUCAUGGACUUUGGGACUCCAGACUCCUCGCUCGAUAAAGUGUUGCUGCGUGAGGAGGUGGCCCAGCUGCAGGAAGAGGUGCACCUGUUGCGGCAGAUGAAGGACAUGUUGAGUAAGGACCUGGAGGAGACCCAGGGCCAGGGAGGCUGCUCCUCCAACCUCCUCUCUGACACUGAGCUCCGCGUGCAGAUGGGAGACAAGGAGCAGGAGCUGGACCGUGUCAAGGAGGCCUUACAAGCUAUGAAGUCUGACCGUAAGCGUCUGAAGGUGGAGAAGGCAGACCUGGUGAACCAGAUGCAGCAGCUGUACACCACACUGGAGAGCCGGGAGGAGCAGCUUCGAGACUUCAUACGCAACUACGACCAGCACAGAAAGGAGAGUGAGGAUGCAGUGAAGGCCCUGGCUAAGGAGAAGGACGUGCUGGAGAGGGAGAAAUGGGAUCUGAGGAGGCAGACCAAAGAAGCCACAGAGCAGGCCUGCAUCCUGCGCUCUCACAUGGACAUUAAGGAGAACCGCAUCAAAGAGCUGGAGGCUGAACUCACCAUGGCAAAACAGUCCCUGGCCACGCUGACUAAGGACGUGCCGAAACGCCAGUCCCUGGCCACACCCUCAGAGCCGGUGGUGAACGGCAGUCAGGAGUGGGCGAUGCAGGGAGACCUGCCCCUCACCGCUGCCAUCCGCCAGAGCCAACAGACACUCUACCACGGACACACUGUGGACCGCCAGGCGGUGGUCAGGGUCAGUCCCUGUCACUCCCGCCAGCCCUCUACCAUCUCGGACGCGUCGGCGGCUGACGGGGAUCGGUCGUCCACCCCCAGUGACAUCAACUCCCCCCGCCACCGGACACACUCCCUCUGCAAUUCUAUGGAGGACCUGGAGGACCAGAAGCGUAAGACUAAGAAGAAGGAGAAGAUGUGUCUGGGCUCCCUCUCCCGGGUGUUUGCUCGGGGAAAGCAGCGCAAGUCAAUGGACCCGGGCCUGUUUGAUGGUACAUCCGUCCCUGAUUAUUACAUAGAGGAGGAUGCCGACUGGUGAUGGUGUGUGUGGAUUUAUGUGUGGUUGUGUGCAUGCGGAUGUGCGUGUCUGUCUCUGUCUCUGUCUCUCUCUCUCUCUCUCUCUCUGUCUGUGUGUGUGUGUGUGUGUGUGUGUGUGUGUGUGUGUGUGUGUGUGUGUGUGUGUGUGUGUGUGUGUGUGUGUGUGUGUGUGUGUGUGUGUGUGUGUGUGUGUGUGUGUGUGUGUGUGUGUGUGUUUGUUUGUUUGUUUGUUUGUUUGUUUGUUUGUUUGUUUGUUUGACCAUGUGCAUGCUUGCGGGUGUGUUGCCGUAUGUGCCCACAAGAAAAACCUGAGACAACUGCUGCCCCCAGAAAAUGUAUAUUAUCCUCAAAAAUGUAUGUAUGUAAAUUAAAUAUAUAUUUAAAGAUGUACAUGUAUGCAUAUGUAUAUAUGUUUACAUGCAUAUAAAUAUAUACAUGAGAUAAUUAUGUGUGGACAUGUUCAUGCUGUAUCAUCUUUUAUUUAUCUUAAUAUUUAUGUGGUUUUUAUAACUGGAGACAUGAAGGACUGAUGUGAAUAUGUUAAUAGUAGUAAAUCGGCACCUAGUGUUUGUAAAUGUCUUUUGUCUGAUAACUGUUUUAUUUUAUAGUUGGUUUUAUCAUACUUUUUUAUUUACAAUUUUCCCAUCCCCAGUCUUAGUUGGACAAUUCUUUAUAUUCUCAUGAAGAUAUGAAUGAGGAAUACCCUCCACAUUGUGAAUGGAGAAUAAGUAUAUAUUAUACACACUAGUAUAACCCAUGACGUUAUCUACGAACAGAAGAACACUGGACCCGUGGUAUCAUUUAGUGCUCAACAUUGAAGUCUAUGGAACGACCAUGUUUCUUAUAGUGAAACUGAAAGAAAAUGAUAAAAAUAUGACAAUCAGAAGGACAUUUGAUAUUCCGGUUAACAAUGGACCAGAAACAUCCCACUGUACAGCUACAGUAAGGAGUUUUUGACACUGUAGUGUAGAAGAAGUGAAACUGCUACAGCUGGGGGGCGAAGGCAUUAUUGCUUGUUCUGUCAUAAUGGAUAAAAGGGGAGGAACCACACAUUUAAAUAGCUCAUUGGGCAGCAUCGACAAAAAGGAUAGCCUUAUAGAGGAUGAUGCUGGGAGUACCAGAGUGUCUGAUGUGAAUAGUGUGCUUUGUAUAGAUACAUGUUUAGGAGUAUAGGAAUGUUAGAUCGGUAGAGGAUUGAUAUGUGCUUGUUUGUGUAGGCCUCCUGCUCUGUUCUAACCAUGCUGAAUGUUUCUGAUAGACACUGACCGUUACAAUCGGAUCAAUUGUUAAAGAAUUAUGGUACCCUGCCAGGCUUGUAGAUGUGUGAAAUCGAUCCAUAUGCAUUUCUCAGACUGAAAGCUGAAAACCAAAAUAAGGUUCCAAAAACAAUGGUAGUAAAAAAGUAGAAAACACACAAAUGUAUCAAUGCAUCUGAUACACACACACGGUUUGAAAGCAUUUUAAAGUGCCAAAGGUUCAAGUUUAAUCUUUAACAAAACAGAGUAGAGUAGUCAGAGUAGAUGUGUGUCACUGCCUUGUAAGAUCGCUUUUGUCCUUAUUGAGUUUAAAAUGGACAACUAUAACGUGCCAACGGUAAGCAUAGGACUGUGCAGUAAAACCCCUGAAUGAUUACCUCUGCUGCUUCGGUUAGGAAUCCAUUAGUUAGCAGUAAAAUGAACAACCUCAAGCAUCCUCAUAUCAUAACCUCCCAAAACAUAACCCAUUCCCAUUUUCAUUCUCUUGCUCUUUACCAUACAACCAACCCUCCUAAUUUCUUACAUUUGUGAUUAUGAUGAUAAUUUGUUUCAUGUUUUGUAAUUUAGGAGAUGUUGCAUAAAAGAGAAAAUCUUUCAAAGUAUUUUAUUUAAAGAACAAGAAGUAACUUCAAGGGUAAGAUAAUCUGACCUGUCUUCAACUGUUGGCAGAGGAUGAGGAGCUUUAACAUCGUAAAAAUUGAAUAUGAUAAAUGAUUAAAAUAAAAUCAUAUUUUAAAAUGAAACCAGCAACUAAAUAACCAUGUGGUGUUAUUCUGUUCCAUGUGUAAUCUGUUCUUGUGUCUUGGUGUCUCUUUCACUCUCAGGGGGCAUGAAUCCCUCCCUCCCCAAAAAAUAACUCCUCAUCUGUGAAUUACCAAGUGUCUGUUUCUACACUGUGGAGAUCAUUCAUAUAACGAUACUCCUGAAGGAAAAGGACCUCCUGCGCUGUCUUUUGAAAACCUACUGAAAAAAUCCUAGAUUGUAUUUAUGUAGGCCUCCCUCUCAGCAUAUGAACAAGGCAGAAGACACACUUGUUAAUCCUCCUGGAUUUUGCCGCUUACUUAUUUGUUUAAGUCUUGGAUAAACAGGUGGUAAAUUCCCAGCAGCAGUUAGUUUUAUCAAUAAUGUCACCCAUGUAUUUCUAAUGUGUCUCAAUCUCUAAUAUUUGCCUAUAGUGACAAAAAAAAUAAUUCCAUCCCCACAAGAUCAUUCAAACUCAACCAUUUAAAUGCAAACCUUAACCCUACUCACACAGUAUUCACUAACACUAGAACUAAAGAAAGGUCUCUGUCUUUAUGAAAUGCGUACUAAUAGUUGUCAUUGUACAAUUUAAAAAGGAUUUCCUGGAUUUGUCAGUGCUUGAGUCACCUGCCCAGAUGUGGCACCUGUCCUCAGUCUGUAAUAUCCCAUUUGUAGUGUGAUGAGUUAUUCUGUAAUAUAUAUAUAUUACAGAAUAACUCAUCACACUGUGAUAGUGUGAUGAGUUAUUCUGUAAUGUCAUCAUAUUAAGGCAUCUAAUAAAUCAUCUGUCAGAUAAUAGAGACCUUAAUAAUACUCUGCUGUGGUGAAUUACUCUGGCACCAUCUACUGGCUGUAUAGAGCAGUGACUGACUGUUCAUACUAGUCCCAGAGCUGUUUUAUGCUUUCUUGGUCCUGUCUCAUGUGUGAGACCCUCUGCCAUUCAAUUGAUAAUACUGCUGUCAUGAAAUGACAUUUGAUGUUAGCUGCGGGGGACAUAAUUCCAGGUUCACGAGUUGCCAAACAAUCCAAUAGGUUUCAGUAGACGGUAAAUAUUGUAGCCAUGUCAAUGUUUCAGAGGAAUGUUAGUAAUAUCCUAGGUAUACAGUGAUAUACAGUAUAUAUCCUCCCUUUUCUACGGUUAAAGGCCCAAUGCAGCCGUUUUUAUGCCAAUAUCAAAUUAUUUCUGGGUAACAAUUAAGUACCUUUAAUACAUUUCCAUUAAAAUGGGCUAAAGUAUCUUUUUAGCAAGAAACUAUUUUUAAAAGCAAUCAUUUUGCUGGGACUGCCUGGGAGUGGUCUGUGUGGGGAGGGGAAAACGGAAAACUAGCUGUUAUUGGCAGGGAACUUUGGAACUCUUUGUUAUUUGUUUACUAACCAAUUUAGCAUAUGGUGUUGACACCAUGGAAAGCCGAAACUCUCGCCCAUGCAAACCUGCUGAUAAGAAUUGUAUUUUCAACUAGCAACCAUCAGAAAAUAACACUGAUCAAAAGUGUUUACACUUUUAAAGUGUUAGUUUCAUCACCUGUUGUACAGAAGAUAUGAUAUAAAACAGGAAAAAAAGGAUUUUGACUGCAUUGGGCCUUUAAAUUUGAGUUGGAUUAGUCAUUUUUGCCUCUCAAUUCCUUUGACCCCAAACCCCUACCCUGUCCUGUAC